AUGGUGGACCGCGACCAGGCGAGGCUCGACCAAGUCUACGCCGACGUGACCAAGGUGACGCAGUUUGUCUACUCCAUCGCCCGAAUUCUUCUCGUUGUGAGAGACGGAGAGCUCGCACUCAACACUCCCCUCGCUACCGAGCUCUGGGGCGCUGCGGGCGCCGAGCUGUGCGCCAGUCUCACGCCUGAGGCGCUCGGCUUUCCAGCCGUCGAUGCGGCGAUGGAGUUUGAAGACCCCUUCUUGUAA